AUGGCCAAGAAGAAAAAGCUGCAGCUCAAGUCCAACGUGCAGCGCGGCUUUGCGACCACGUCGCAACCGAAGCGCGAGGCGCCACCCAAAGAGGCGCCACAAGCUGCGGAAGCGGCAUCCAAAACCCCCGAUGAGACGCCCUCCGCCGCGAGCCAAAGUACGGCGCCCCCCGUGCCAAAGGAGGCGCCGAGCAGCGAUGCCUUCGACCCUGAAGCGGAAGAACUGCAGGCCCUGCAGAAUCUUGUGCAGCUUGUCUAUCCCAAGGUCGAGAAAGAGACGCAACGCCGCGGAAAGACGAUCCAGUUUCAGCAGCGAUUUGCCAAGACGCUCUUGCCGGCCUCCUUGGAUGCGGGAGUGUGUGUCGAAACGCUGGCUAUGGUGCGCCAUGAUGCUGAGGCUAUCACGGACUGCGAACAGGUCAAUUUUCUGGCAGAUGACCCUCGGCAACGUAUGCUCCGCGAUACGCUCGGCGUAUCUCCCCCAGCAGAGUCCGAGGCCAAGGCACUGGAGCGAGCACUCACGCUCUGGGAGCUACUCCUAUCUCUCGGCUUUUCGCGCGAACAAGCAACGAUGGCUUUGCUGUAUGCACCCAAUCUCGAGACGGAAGAGUGCGUGGCAUGGCUCGUGGCGCAGCUAGAGCCACAGACGUACCGAGCGCUCUCGUUCAAUGUGGACACGCCACAAGAGUACGCCGCACCCAAAGCCGCUUCUAUGGACGAGUCCAUUCCGCCUGUCUACGAGGGCUAUACAUUCACACGCGCCGAGCAGGAUCCUGCUCUGGUGGCGAAAGACACAGCCCCCAAAAAAGAGGACGUGCGCGUCGUCACAGCCAGCAGCGUAGAUGCCCAGACGGUGGAACGUAUUCGUGCACAGACAGACACUUUGCUGCAGGAUCUAAACGCACAGCUCGACCAAGACGAUCCACUUGUCGACGUGAUUGAGCACCCGAAUGAUGCCUGGAGCACAGCACGGAUAGUAGCGCUACAAGUGGACAAAGACCGCGCGCGACGCAGCAAACUGCUCGGAGGUGUCCCAGACGACGAACUUGCCUCGCUCUUAUCGCAUGCUGAGGCAAGCAAGCGGCUUGACCGGCUGGCCGCGCGUGCUAAGGACAUGAUGCAGCAGAGUGAGAUGCAGCCUGACUUCCACCGCGGCUUGUCGAAUCAACGAUUCCGUGAACGUAUGCGCCAGCUCGAAGCUGACGAAGCCGCCAAGGCAGCUGAGCUACAGCGUGAAGAAGAGGCGCGACAACAGCGUCGCGCCGAUAUCGAGCAGCUCGACGAAUUAUCGGCGUCGCCGGAUCAAGAGCAGGAUGAGGCGCCACAGGACGAGGGACUGUUCGACCUGCUAGAAGAGCCUGCCCCUGCUGCACCGGACGCAAGUGUGCAGCUGCGCUCCAUUGCUACGCAAGGUAGUCAGCGAACGCCGCGGUCCCUACUGAGUGACGUGCUUCGUCAUGUGGAUCCCGGUGCUUCGUACAAAUUUAUACCCAUUUCGUCCGGCACAGUGCACCGCAGUGAGCUGCGAAUCCAAUGGACUGCAAGUGGCGGGCGUCCGCCACUGGUGGACACAUUCAGGCUGACCAAAGAGGGAUGUGCGUCCCGGACGUUGGCCGACGAUUACGUCGCGACCAUUGCCCUCAACUGCUUUGGCCGCGAGCGACAAGUCCAACGGCACAUGUCGCCCGGUUUCCGCGAUAUAUGGGACGAGCUAGAGAGUCUGCGCUCCCAGCAGAUGAAUGCAUUUCUGCGCGACGAGGUCCUGCAUGUGCAGCAUACGCUGAGGAGGCGCGUGCCACCAGCACCGCCGAAACGCGAGCAGCGCAAGACACUCAUGGAGCCUGUAGUAGCCCCGAUUGCCACGCGUGCGCGUGAGCCCAGUGAUGCACUGCGUGACAUGUGGACACGACGUAUGUCCUCGGAGGCGUAUCAGGCCAUGCUGCCAGGUCGUCGCGACCUGCCGAUCUACCAGGCUCGAGAUGCCAUCCUCCAAUGCGUAGCUACGUCCCAGGUGGUGGUGCUCAGUGGUGAGACGGGCUGUGGCAAGUCUACGCAGCUGCCAUCGUACUUGAUGGAGGACUGCCUCGCACGUGGUGAGCCCUGCAAAAUGUAUGUCACGGAGCCACGGCGAAUCUCUGCUAUAACGUUGGCAGAGCGGGUGUCACAGGAACUGGGUGAAAAGCCACGCUCGAUGGGAUCGCCAGAGAGCUUGGUGGGCUACGCCAUCCGUCUAGAAAGUCAAAUUGGCGCGAAUGCACGCCUCAUAUAUGCUACUACAGGUAUGGUGCUACGCAUGCUCGAGUCAUCUGUGCUAGAUGACGUAACGCACAUUAUCGUGGACGAGGUACACGAGCGGUCCAUUGAGUCGGACUUUUUGCUCAUUGUGCUCAAAAAGCUGAUGCAAGAGCGACCUGACCUGAAGAUUGUGCUCAUGUCAGCCACAUUGGAUGCAGAGCGCAUAAGUGCGUACUUUGACGGGUGCCCCACGCUCGCUGUCCCUGGCCGGACCUUCCCUGUCGACGUGCAUUACCUGGAGGAUGUGCUGGAAAUGUGCGACUACACUCUCGACCUCGAGUCACCCUAUGCUCGGACAGACAAGAUGAACAAGGUCGAUCUCAAGACAAAUAUCGAUGACAUCGAGGAGGACGAGGACGAUGUCGAUGACGUGCCAGGCAUACAAGACACGCAGCGCUACAGUGCCAAGACCAUUGAUACACUCCUCCACUUGAACGAGCACAAGAUUCCCUACGAACUGCUGGCGGCGCUCGUAGAGCGUCUGUGCUCAGACCCCGCGUAUGAGUCAUUUAGCCGCGCGAUCCUCGUCUUCCUCCCGGGUAUGGGCGAGAUUCGCGAAUGCAUGCGGCAUCUGAGUGAGCUGCGCCGGUUCCAGACUGAGUGUCAGGUGCAUGUGCUGCAUUCGAGCAUCGCAUCAGACGAGCAAACGGCCGCCUUUGCACCACCCCCGCAAGGCAUGCGUAAGAUUGUGCUUGCAACGAAUAUGGCCGAGACAGGUAUUACGAUCCCAGAUAUUACGUGUGUGAUCGACUCGGGACGGCAUCGCGAAAUGCGCUACGACGAGAAGCGCAAGAUUAGUCGACUGGUUGACUGCUUCAUUGCACGCAGUAACGCAAAGCAGCGCCGCGGACGAGCUGGACGCGUUCAGCACGGUAUUUGCUUCCAUCUCUUUACCCGUAAGCGGCAUGACGAGUACUUGGAUGCGCAUCCCAUACCGGAAAUGCUGCGUCUAUCGCUGCAGGAACUCGCAUUGCAGCUCAAAGUCAUGCCGCUUCGCAUCGGUGCCAGCAUUGAAGAUGCACUUUCACAAGCGCUUGAUCCGCCACUCGCGGCCAACAUCCAGCGCGCUGUGGCGUCGCUGGUCGAUGUCGAGGCCCUAACGCCGAACGAGGAGAUCACGCCACUCGGCCGCCACUUGUGCCAUAUGCCUCUGGACGUGCACCUCGCCAAGUUUUUGCUCGUGGCCGUGCUCUUCGGCUGCGUAGAUGCAGCUCUGUCAAUCGCCGCUGUUCUCAAUUCCAAGUCGCCCUUCCUCAGAAAUAUGGGUCGCGAGGCAGGUCGUGGACGUGCGGCGUUCCAUUCGACCGAGGCGCAGAGCGACUUUAUGGCGUUCGCUCAAAUGUUCCGCGCAUGGCGCUCGUCCGUAUCUCGCCACCAAGGCCAGGCGUUCUGCUCAGCGCAUUCUCUCAGUGCUGAUGUACUAUAUCAAAUCGAAGAGCUUCGGCAGCAAUACUUUUCAUACUUGAUCGAUACUGGGUUCGUGCAGGUCGACACGGACACACGCAAUGCCCUGGCUCGGCGUCGAUCUCGACAGGGUCGCCCUCGUUUGAUGGACAUUCCAGCGCACCUCGACACCUAUGGUCAGAGCGUCCCGGUGGUUACCCUAGCGCUUGUCACAGCCAUGUAUCCUAAGCUCUUACAGGUUGAUGAGAAGACCCAGCAGAUGCGCACCCUUACCAACAACCAGCCAGCGGCCGUGCACCCAUCUUCAGUGAAUGCACGUCGUGCGCUAGGGACGCCUUCUACCCAUUUUGUGUUAUACCAUGCGAUUGUAUACUCGCACCGACUGUAUGCAUGGGAAACGGCCGUCGUGGAUGACCGCAUGGUGCUACUGGUGGGCGGUGAUGCAGAGUUCAAGCACACGAGUCGGAGCAUGUAUAUCGACCACAACCGUGUACGCAUGUCAACAUACGACGCGCCGUCUCUCGUGGCGCUCCGCGUGCUUCGAGCGCAGCUGAAAGACAUCUUGCAGACAUCGUAUCGCUCCCCAGGACGACCGUGGACGCCAACGCAGCACCGGACGAUGCAGCUCGUAUUCCGCACCUUGGGUGUAUCGUCAUGA